AUGGAGAACUCAUCAGUGGCAUCAGCCUCCUUAGAGGCAGGGAGCAGCCGCUCUCAGGAGAUUGAGGAGCUGGAGCGUUUCAUUGACAGCUAUGUCCUGGAGUACCAGGUUCAGGGGCUGCUGAUGGAUAAAGUGGAGGGGGAUGGCGAGAGCGAGAAGACACAGUCCCAUGUCUUGCAGUGGACAGCGGAUUGUGACAAGCAGCUUGUUGGCAGCUGUUCCCCAUCCCAAGGGAAGGGCUUGUUGUCUCAUGAACACAGUCAAGAAGACUGGGAUCACAGUAGCAGUGGGAGCUCAGGAUCCUGGAUGGGGUCAGGCUCCAAGCAUGGGUCUGGAUUCAGGUUCGGCAGCUGUGGGAGAAGCAGCCAGUUCAGGCAAUUGAGCAAGAAUGAAAACAAGGAGAGCUCCCUUGACAUGCUGGGCACGGACAUCUGGGCUGCCAACACUUUUGACUCCUUCAGUGAUGCGACAUGGGACUUGCAGCCUGAAAAACUAACUUUCACCCAAUUUCACAAGAAGCUGCGAAACACCUCCAAACACCUACUGCCUCACAUAGAUAGAGAAGGGUUUGGAAAAGGGAAAUACGAGGAUGGUGAUGUAAGCAUCAACUUGAAUGACAUAGAGAAAGUCCUUCCAGUGUGGCAGGGUUACCAUUCAUUGCCUCAUCAAGCUGAAAUGCACACCAAAAAACUGUUCAGAAGGAGGAGAAAUGACCGAAGGCCACAGCAGAGACUUCCUGAUGGGAACAAGUCUCAGCAGCACACAGAUCAUCAGCAAGGUGGCACCAAACACAACAGGGACCACCAGAAACUCUACCAAGGAGUCCAGGCCCCUCACUCUUCAGGCAGGACAGGCCACCCCGGCUACAGUCAGAACCAGAGAUGGCACCACAACCAGAAGCACUCACUCAGUGACAAAGAAGCACACAGAAAUGCCAAAGAGACAGAGAAUUUCAAAAUCGAGGACACCUCCAUCUAUACGGUGCACAUUCCCUUGGAGAUGCACCAAGGCCCAGAGGUUGUGAAGAAGCAGUCUCAGCAUUACAUCCAAGAGUCAGAGAUCAAGCAGAAAGGCAGUAUUCAUGAGCGCAUUGGGGAAAGACCUAAGAUCAAUUUACUUCAGUCUUCCAAAGACGGGUUGAAAGAAAAGAUACCUUGUCUUUCCCUUUUCACGGACCAGGACAAAGUCAUAGUGGAAACCACCAAUUCUGAAAAGAAUAAAAUGGACAAAUUAAUUGAAAUUCUCAACAGCAUGAGGAACAACAGCGGUGACAUUGACUCCAAGCUCACCACAUUCAUGGAGGAGGCCCAGAACUCUACCAACUCUGAGGAGAUGCUGGGGGAUAUAAAGACCAUAUACCAGAAAGCAGUGAUGGACCACAGCUUUGCUUCCAUGGCAACCAAACUCUGUGACAAAAUGACCCUCUUCAUGGUGGAGGGAACUAAAUUCCGGAGUCUGCUCCUCAACAUGUUGCAGAAGGAUUUCACCAUGCGGGAGGAGUUGCAGCAGCAGGAUGUGGAACACUGGUUGGGGUUCAUCACCUUUCUCUGUGAAGUCUUCAGUACCAUGAGGAGCAGCACCGGAGAGCCCUUUCGAGUCCUUGUCUGCCCCAUUUAUACCUGCCUCAGU